GCCCACGGGAAAAAAAAAAAAAUAGGAAAUGGAAAUAGUCAAGUAGAUACUCUACUAUAGUGCAAUCGGGAAGUUCCAAGUUUGUGAAGCUAAACCUUUUCGCCGUGGUGGCCGCCGCUAACCUCUCUUUAAGUUGUUAUGGAGCAGCCACAUGAUUAUUAUGAGAGGGAGAGGAAGAGGAAGCCUUUAAGAGUCACCAUAAACACCCCGAAACGGCUGCUGUCUUCGACGGUAACGCAAUCGCAGCCGCUGCCGUUUCUUCCGGAUGAACUCAUCAGAGAAAUUUUGCUGAGGCUUCCAGCAAGGUCACUGGUUCGGUUACGAAGAGUGUGCAGUUCAUGGAAAUCCCUAAUUUCCAGCUCCCAAUUCGCCAAAGACCAUCUUCAACAUUCCACCGCCGCGGAUCCAGGUUUGAGUGGGACACGAGUUGCUUAUCAUCAUAGUUGCCACUACGGAUUUGGAGAUUUCUCCUUACGCUCCUUGAUCGAGAACUCUUCCAAACCUACGGAAGUCGUUCUCUUCAAGGAGAGACGUAACUACAAGGUUAUUGGCUCUUGCAAUGGAUUGCUGUGCUUGCUGUUUAAUGAUGUUGGCAUCAACACCUGUGUCAGGUUGUGGAAUCCCUGUACUGGAUUAUUGACAGCCCCAUCGGUGGAAUGUGGGAAUUUCUUAUCGGUUCGCGGCUUCGGCUAUGAUCAUGUGAAUGACAAGUACAAGCUUGUUGUGAUUGUAAAGCACACGGGGAAAUAUACAACUAGAAUUUAUACAUUUUGCCGCAACCCUUCCAAGAGAGCCAUUCAAGGUAUCCCAUUUGGCAGCAUAAAGGGUGAUGGUAAAGGGGUAUUUGUUCCUGGCACCGCCACUCUUAAUUGGAUUCGUAGCCAUGCCAUCCUGGGUUGCUUGGUUUUUUCCCUUGACUUGGUGAAGGAAACUUUUAGUGAGUUUUCUCUGCCCCUCAAUGAUCCGAAUGAUAAAACCUUCAUCUUCCCACAGUUAUGUGUGCUGUGGAACUGCCUUGCAUAUUGUUUUAAUCAUGAGAAAACUCAUUGGUUCGUGUGGGUUAUGAAGGAGUAUGGAGUGCCUAAAUCUUGGACUAAAUUGGCCGUCAUCCCCUGCCAUCCGUGUCUAUCCAAUUAUCAUUUUCGUCCAUUGUAUAUCUGGGGAAACAAUAUUCUUGUGGCGGUUGCAUUAACUUCAAAGAUAGUUCUGUUUAAUUUGGAUAAUGGUAGCUUUGAAUUUCCUGUAUUGAAACCUACUCCUUCAAUAGGAUUGUACGUCUUUAUUUAUCACGAAAGCUUAGUUUCACCACCAGAUCCUGACCUUCCAAGUAGCUCAUCCCGAAUUCAGUUAAUCAAACCCUAACGGACAAGCCGUCUUCUGAAUAAUGUUAUGUGUGCUGAGGAAGAGUUGAUACGAGAUUUUAACAAUGGAAGAGUUGAUACGAGAUUUUAACAAACACAACGAUAAGCCAUGUCAUAAAGAAAAAGAGCUUUCAUUUCUCUGUGUGGUUGAUGAAGGAGUAUGGAGUGUCUGAAUCUUGGACUAAAUUGGCCAUUAUCCCACAGUACCUUAGCAUACACGUUAUUCCACUGUAUCUUUGGGAAAAUGAUGUUCUUCUGGGGACUGCAGCUCCUUAUUCAAGAAUAAUUAGGUAUAACUUAAACCAUGGCAACUUUAAGUUCCCUGUCAUUGAUGGCCACAGGGAUGACAUGAUGAAAGUUGCUCCUUUGUCUAAGCACUCGAUGGCGGCGAAGCGAUUCCAUAUUUAUCAUGAAAGCUUGGUUUCACCAUCACACUGUGGUCUUCUAAGUAGCACAUCUGAAAUGCGUUGGAUCAAAGUCAUAAAAAACCCAUGUCUACAAUUUCUUCCAAGUGAAAUCCUCUAUUGGUAAAGGCUUUUCCGCUCUAUUUAGUUUCUAGCUAUUCUAGUUGAAUGAUUUGUUUAUAUAGUUUUUUCAAACUUGGUGUAGUGCUGCAAAACUAUACUUUCUGUUGACAUGAUUGUUCCCCAUUGCUAAAUCACAAUGUCACAGCAAUUUUUCUGCUUUAUUUAGGAUAUUAAAGAAUGAAUAGUGUUCAUUUACAAUUAGAGUUAAUUUUUUCUAGUAUCAAGUUCUAUUUUUAUAUGACAAGUUAUCAUUUUUACGGUUAAAUUAAGGGAAGAAAGUAAAUAGAAACUGUAAUAUCCCAUAAUUUAAUGACUACAGUUUCAUAUUAUGUUCUUCCAUGUUGGUUUUCAACAUU